GUUCAAGAAGGCAUUUGAGUCAGAGCCAACGUUACAGUCGGGGAUUAAUUAUGCAGUACUUCUCUUGGCAGCUGGACACUGCUUUGAUACUUCUUUUGAGCUGCGGAAAGUUGGAGUAAAGAUCAGCAGCCUGCUUGGUAAAAAGGGAUGCUUGGAGAAACUGCAAAGCUAUUGGGAAGUGGGAUCUUUCUUGGGGGCCAGUAUGUUGGCUAAUGACCAUAUAAGAGUGAUCCAGGCUUCAGAAAAGCUGUUUAAGCUAAAGGCACCAGCAUGGUACCUGAAGUCUAUUGUGGAGACUAUUUUGAUACAUCAACAUUUUAAGAAACUGACUCCAGAACAUCAUACAGCCAAACAGGAACUUGUGGACUUCUGGAUGGACUUCCUUGUUGAAGCCACAAAGACAGAUGUGACUGUAGUUCGAUUUCCAGUUUUAAUACUAGAACCAACAAAAAUCUACCAGCCCUCAUAUCUGUCCAUCAACAGUGAAGCUGAGGAGAAGACUGUCUCUAUCUGGCACGUGCUGCCUGAUGACAAGAAGGGUAUCCACGAGUGGAACUUCUGUGCUGCUUCUAUCAGGGGAGUAAGCAUUUCCAAGUUUGAAGAGCGGUGCUGUUUCCUCUACGUGCUGCAUAACUCGGACGACUUUCAGAUCUAUUUCUGCACAGAACUUCAUUGCAGAAGGUUUUUUGACAUGGUCAACAGUAUCACUGAAGAAAUAGGGAAGACAGCAGAGGAAGGGGAAUGUGACGGAGAUUCUCUAGAGUAUGAUUAUGAAUAUGAUGAGAACGGCGAGCGAGUCGUCCUGGGGAAAGGCACCUAUGGCAUCGUGUAUGCAGGGCGAGACCUGAGCAACCAAGUCAGGAUUGCUAUCAAAGAAAUUCCCGAGAGAGACAGCAGGUACUCCCAGCCUCUGCAUGAAGAAAUAGCUUUGCAUAAGCAUCUCAAACAUAAGAACAUUGUCCAGUAUUUAGGUUCUCUGAGUGAGAAUGGCUUCAUUAAGAUAUUCAUGGAACAGGUGCCAGGGGGCAGCCUUUCUGCUCUUCUACGAUCAAAAUGGGGACCAUUAAAAAAUAAUGAGCAGACCAUUGGCUUUUAUACCAAGCAGAUUCUUGAAGGAUUAAAAUACCUCCAUGAUAAUCAAAUAGUGCAUCGAGAUAUAAAGGGUGAUAACGUGCUUAUCAACACAUACAGUGGAGUGUUAAAGAUUUCAGACUUUGGAACUUCCAAGAGACUUGCAGGAAUCAACCCCUGUACUGAAACUUUCACUGGUACCCUUCAGUACAUGGCACCAGAAAUCAUAGACAAAGGGCCACGUGGCUAUGGGAAGGCUGCGGACAUCUGGUCUUUGGGAUGCACAAUCAUUGAGAUGGCAACUGGGAAGCCCCCUUUUUAUGAGCUGGGAGAACCACAAGCAGCUAUGUUUAAGGUGGGGAUGUUUAAAAUACACCCAGAAAUCCCUGACUCCAUGUCUGCAGAGGCGAAGGCAUUCAUCCUGCGCUGCUUUGAGCCGGAUCCCGAUAGACGAGCCUGUGCUCCUGAGCUGCUUGUGGACGAGUUCUUGAAGGUCUCGAGCAAAAAAAGAAAGUCACCAUCAAAGCUCUCAGUCCUUUCAGCGAACACAAAUGAGUAUCUUCGGAGUAUUUCCUUACCUGUCCCUGUUCUGGUGGAAGAUACAAGUAGCAGCAGUGAAUAUGGUUCUGUCUCUCCUGAUACAGAAUUAAAAAUUGAUCCAUUCUCUUUCAAAACAAGAGCCAAAUCCUGUGGAGACAAAGAUGGGAAGGGAAUCCGAUCCCUUUUUCUAAGCAUCCCGGAUGAAAAUUUUGAGGAUCACAGUGCACCUCCCUCACCUGAAGAGAAAGAUUCUGGAUUUUUCAUGUUGAAGAAGGACAGUGAAAGGAGAGCCACUCUUCACAGGAUAUUAACUGAGGACCAAGAGAAGGUGGUGAGGAACUUGAUGGAAGCAUUGGCUCAGGGAGCAGAAGAGCCCAAGCUGAAAUGGGAACAUAUCACAACGCUGGUGUCCAGCCUCAGAGAGUUUGUGCGCUCCACUGAUCGUAAGAUCAUUGCAACCACCCUCUCAAAGCUGAAACUGGAGUUAGACUUUGACAGCCAUGGCAUCAGCCAAGUGCAGCUCGUGCUGUUUGGGUUCCAAGAUGCUGUCAAUAAAGUUCUCCGAAACCACAACAUCAAGCCACACUGGAUGUUUGCACUGGAUAGCAUCAUCAGGAAAGCUGUGCAGACUGCUAUCACUAUUCUGGUCCCAGAAUUGAGGCCACAUUUUAGUCUUGCAUCUGAAAGUGAUACAGCAGAUCAAGAUGAUAUAGAAGUUGAAGAAGACCAAGAUGAGCAGCCUCAGAGCCAGACCAUCCAGCAGCCCUGCAUUGUCAUGGAGGAUGCAGUAGCUACCUCAGGUGUGAGCACACUCAGCUCCACAGUGUCCCAUGACUCCCAGGCUGCUCACAGGUCACUGAGUGUCCAGCUGGGCAGGCUAAAAUUAGAGACAAACAGGUUAUUGGAGGAGUUGGUUCAAAAGGAGAGAGAAUUUCAAGUCCUCUUACAUCAAGCUAUAGAAGAGAAGGAUCAAGAGAUCAGAAACCUCCAGCUGAGGUCACAGCCAAUAGAUAUUCCUGGGUUGUCCUUUCAUCGUCAUCCCACUGGCACAGGGACUGAGGACCCUGAUCUCAUCAACUGGCUGAGAGGUCAAGGAGCUGAUGAGGCCACCAUAAACAAGUUCUUGGCUGAAGACUAUACAUUAAUGGAUGUUCUCUGCUAUGUUACACGCGAUGAUCUGAAGUGUUUGAGACUGAGGGGAGGGAUGCUGUGCACGCUCUGGAAGGCCAUCAGUGACUUCCGAGAGAAACGCGCCUGACGCCGCCGCCGCUUCCCGGGGCUUCCCUGCGGAGGAGAA